CUGCAAGAUCCAAACCUACACACACAGAGGAUAAAAACCUCCCAGGGACGCCAGACAAUAUUUGGGGCUCAGUUCCGCAAUCUGCAAGUUCCAAACACACCCUAAUAAAAGGACCCUCUCAGGGUCCCCCUGACAGAUUUGGGACCAGCUCCCCCUCCCUGCUCACCUGCAGGAUGAGGUGGGGGCGAUGGGCCCGUGGCCGGGGGUGCUGCAGACACAGGGGGCACUGGAACCUCCAGCUUCUCCUUCUAUUCCUGUUCCUGCUCCUCCUUUUCCUUUCUCCCUCCUCCUGCUCCUCCUCCUUCCUAAUCCCACCUCCUCCCCAGUUCCUGCCUUCUGUAUAUUUACAGUGGAGAACCUUGCUUGUUUUUAGAACUAGAACAAAGAUUCCAGAUGGAACAAGCCUUGCUGGUUUUAUUCAGCAGUAUCAGUGACUACAGGUCGUGUUUGCUCUGGUUUGGUGCUGUCCUCGUUCCUCCUCAGUGCUCAGGCUGGGCUAUGGGGUGUCCUUGUUUGCUGCAUUUUCAGAGUUCCUCUUGGAUCCUUUGGGCAAUAGGCCGUGCCCUGGGAGGAUUCUUUGUGCUCCUUUGUGACACAGGAGAAGCUUCCAGGCGGUUUUUGGGUGAGCGGCUGCUGUGGUGUCACAGGAGCGUUGCCACGUCCCCGUGGUGUUCCCGUUGCUGUGGGACACGGAGGCCUCAGUGUCCAGAGCGGCUCUGGGCGCCUGCUCGUUGCCAGAGGAUCCUCCUGCCCGAGGCAUUCUCAGCAGCCAGCCCAGCCCCUGACGGGUGUCCUUCUGUGCUUGCAGGGGUACAGUCUGCAGACGUGUGCAGCGCAGCCAAAAUGAUGCAGCAAGUGGUUGCUGCAGUUGGCACUCUGUUCUCUGUGGCUUAUUCGGGGUAUUUUUUAACCCACUUGGCACGGCACCUCACGCGUGGAUCCCCAGCAGCUCCUCCUUCGGGCACCAAAGCAGCAUCAGCACCUCCUCUGGCUCCCUCUGCUUGCAAAGAGGAGGCCAAAGAGGAGGAAGAGAGCAGUGAACUUCCCGCUGUUCUGGGAGACGAGGGAGAACACCCCGCGGUUUGGGAAUACAACGGCGAGGCUCCCGCGGUGUGUGACAAGGACAGUGGACAUCUCCCGGUGGGGGACGAGGACGGUGGAUGUCCCCUGGUGUGGGAUGAGCAUGGCCAAGCUCCCAUGGCAUGGGACGAGGAUGACAGCAAUCUCCCGGUGUGGGAUGAGGACAGAGAACGUCCUGUGGCUUGGGAAGAGGAGGGUGAACCAGCAGCAUUUUGGGAAGAGGAUGAGGAACCUGCACUGCUUUGGGAAGAGGAUGGAGAACUUCCCUCUGCUCCUGAAGAGGACACCGAAGCUCCCUGUGCUGCAGGAUCCUGGGCUGAACAUUCUGACAGCAGCACAGCCCUGCAGCCAGAGGGGAGCGGGGAGUGGAGCCUGAUGCAGCUGAGGAACACCGUGAGCGUGGGGGAGCCUGCCGAGAAAUACCUGGAACUGGAGCAGAUUGGCCAAGGGGCUUUUGGAACCGUUUCCAAAGGACUCGACAGGGCCACGGGAGGAGAGGUGGCCAUCAAGAAAAUGAGCCUCAGAGGGCACAACAGGGAACGAGCUGUGAAUGAGGUCGUGGUCCUGAAGGACAAGAAGAACCCCAACAUUGUCAACUCUCUGGACAGCUUCCUUGUUGAUGGAGAUCUCUGGCUGGUGAUGGAAUACAUGGAUGGAGGAACUUUGCAGGACGUUGUCAGACAGACACGCAUGGCUGAAGGAGAGAUGGCAGCUGUCAGUCAGGAGUGUCUGCAGGGCCUGGAUUUCCUCCAUUCCAUCCGGGUGAUCCACAGAGAUCUGAAGAGCUCCAACAUCCUUCUGGGAAUGGACGGCUCUGUCAAGCUGGCUGAUUUUGGCCUCUGCGCUCAGCUCAGCCCUGAGCAGGACCAGUGCAGCUCCAUGGUGGGCACUGCUCACUGGAUGGCCCCAGAAGUUGUGACCAGUUCUCCUUACGGCCCCAAGGUGGACAUCUGGUCCUUUGGCAUUGUGACCAUCGAGAUGGUGGAAGGAGAACCUCCUUACUUCCAGCAAACGGGGGCCAUGGCCCGCGCUCUGAUCCGGCAGAACGGGAGCCCGCAGCUGCAGGAGCCCAGGCGCCUGUCGGCUCUGCUGCGGGACUUCCUCGAGUGCAGCCUGGAGCCGGACGAGGAGCGGCGCUUCUCUGCCCAGGAGCUGCUGCAGCACCCAUUUUUGUCAUCAGCCAAGCCUCUCUCCAGCCUGACCCCUCUGAUCACUGCAGCAAAGCAACUGAGGGAGCAGCGCAGGAGGAGAUGAAGCCCUGGAGGCCAGCUUUUCAUUAUAGUAGUUAGGAGAAGUAGUUAGUUAUGUUAGUUAGCACUGUUAGUUAGUUAGAGUAGGUUAGGACAGCCUGUUUGUUAUGGCAGUUAUUUGAAUAAAAUCUCUGUUAAACCUCCA